AUCACUAUCAAUCGGAUAUUGAAUACAUUACUUAACUUUUUGUUUUGCUCUACAGAUUCAGUUUGGCAUUAACCCGUGUUUGUGCGGGAAUUACACCGUAUUGGAUAUAUUUGGCAACCCAACAACCCCCAAACAAAUCCUGUGCGCGGGAACGGCGUUCAUGAGGACUCACAUCAACAGCUGAGCAGCAGAACUAGCUUAAACUUAAACCCUGUAGUUAGUUCGUAGAGCAGUGUGUAAACUGUGUAGUUAUGCUGUUUCUGCCCGUUUUAGCUGAUGUGUGACCGUCGGUUAACCCAGCCAGCUCGCCUCAGCCAACCAACUAGUUACAGCUUAGUAAACCGUUGGCGUUGGUCCGGGUGUUUGGUAGUUAUCGUCAGCUGGAUAUUUAGGGAAAAGCGUUAUUUUAAACCCUUGGACCCUUUUGGUUGCGGUGCAGCGUUAGCUAAAGUGUGAGCAUGAAAACCAUCGAGAAAAAGACGACUGAAGUCGUCCCAGCAGCAGCUUCAGAGGAGUGCGGCGUGUGGCUCGACGCCACCGAGUUACGAGCAAAGAAGAGACAGAAACGACUUGUGCGGCCGAUAUCCAAAGUACUGAAUCCACUGGCUCGGUCAGGUGGUUACAGCAUGGCAGUAGCACUGAGCUUCACCCAGACCAAGAUGAAGAUGCCUGCCACAAAGCAGAGCACCAUAUCGGCAUUCUUUCUGCCGCAGAGUGAAGUGAGUAAAGAUACGGAAGAACGUAGUUCUUCUCUUCCCUCAGAGAGUUCCUCUACUCCGCUUCCUGAGCCACAUCUGGGGACCAAACGAAAGCAUGCGAUGACCACAGACUUGCAGGAGGCAAAUAAUAAGACCAGUCACACCUCUCAGGUACACUCACAGGAGAUUGAUGCGGAUUUAGAGAGCGAGUCAGUUGAAAUCUGUAAAGACCGGAAGAAAGAGCAACAUUUUUUCCGUUUGAUUUGGGGAUAUCAGUCAGAGGAGCCUGAGCCAGCAGAAAAGAGAAGACUUCCUGAAGAUGCUGCUUUUGAAAACAACACACAAACACUAAAGGAAAGCAACCAAGCCACGUUUCACAGAUGUAGAAUGAUGGAUGAGAUUCAAGAUAAGCCAGAAACUUUGCAUUACAAUGUUCAGGUACAGCAAGAUUCAGUGCAUCAGGAUUCUCCUUGUAAUCAGUUGCAUAGGAGCAGUUUUAGGGCGAACAGCAGUGGUUCUUCAGCUUCUCUUUCUGCAGAGGAUGUACAGUGGCAGGAAAACCUAAGGGCCUGUGCUGUAAUGCACAGGAACACUUGUCAGAAGCCUGUUUUAACUACAAGAUCAGGCGCAGAGAAACACACAGCAAAACAUAGCCAGAAUCCUCAUAAAGAGCUGGAGAUUUCUGUGCAGAAGCAAAAUUAUACUCAGAGGUCACAUGUGAAGAGAAAGGAUAAAGAGAAUAUUGGACCCACAUCACCCACACGUGAUACUGGAGUUCCACCUGUUAACCGGCUGCCGUCUCCCAGCCCAGUCAAGUGCUUUUCAAAUUUCGAAAAGCCAAGUGUCUUUGAAAGGGUGAAGCUUUACCAGUCAGCCAAGAAGUCUUUAGAGAACGAGCAAGACUCUUUUGCCAUGUUAUUCACUCAAGACUCGGAAGGUUUUCGGGUGAUUGCCAAUAGCAGCCAACAGACUAGAUGUGCGCUGAAGGACCGAACCAACUCAACUGAAGACCGAGAAAACUGGAACCUACCACCCGUAAAGUGUCUGGAAAUGGAGGAGGACUCACAGGUAGAGCCAGAGGUGCUUUUCACACAGGACUCGCAAGGAAACCUGGUCAUCAGACACUGAAGGUUAUUGCACUGGAAUGGCAUAAGCGGAUGUGUAUGAGAAUGCAGUUUGGAAAGAUGUUUGAACUGUACUUGCUUUCGUCUGGGCAGCAGUUAACAAACAUUUGUGCAUCCGAGUAUCAUCAAGGCGGCUAGACGGUGCUUUAAGGUUCUAGCAAACAGAGUCACAGGAAGGGCAAAAGUAUUAUCCAGCGAACAAACAGUGAGAAACAUAAUGAGGUUCAGAAUGGUCUCAGGAUUUUAAAGACAUUCAAACCUUUCAUCUUUACCCAUUUUGAAAGCUGAAAUCUCACUGAUUGAAUACAGCAGCUUUUUUUAUCCAAAAAAUUCUUUGUAAUUAUUUUUAAUUUUGUGUUGGUAAAUUUUAUUUGUUUGCUGUUUUGUUUGUGUAGAAGCUUGCAUGUGCAGAUGCUGCUAAGAAUGCUUACUGAUGACUGUUAUCUGUGGUCUGAGACUUAAAGCACAACAACCAAACUCAAGAGAACCAACUGCUUUUUAUACCACUAGAUGGCAGUCUUUCUAAAAACAUUGCCUCUGUCAGGAUUUUCCUGAUCCAGUUUUAACCUGUUUGAAGCGCUUCUUUGUUCGUCUAAUCUGGCUGUGCACAAUAAAAAAGUCAAAUUGUA